CAAAAAACAACAAAUUCUCCUAUAAUUUCACAUUAUUCACAAAUGCCUCAAUGUCACCGAAAUUGUCAUUUUACGCCAUCUUCACAUCGACCGAUUUUUAAGUCAAAUCGUUGGAGCCGCCCUUUUUCUAUAAAUCAUCAAUCUACAACAUUUUCAUCAGUGUCUCCAGCUUAUUUGUUGGGAGUCAUUGACAAUUCUCAACAAGAAAAUUGUCUAGAUCAAUUAGAUAAUAUUAAACAACAAAAGGAUUUUGAGAAGGAAGAAGAACAAACAGACAAUCAAUUAAAUAAAGGUAAAGAGAAGAGACUUUUUGUCCCAAAAUUUUUUAAAUUAAAAUUCAUUACUUCCUCCUAA